CAAAAGUCCACCUUAUUAGAAAUAAAUUAGUAAGCCCGAAAUUUGGAGUAGCCAUUUGACAAACUGUUGCCACAAUGUUUGCUCAUACAAAUGAAAUGCAUCUCAAAUAUUCUUGUAUUUACCACCCUAAUUAUUCAAAAUAUUCCGUUUGGUCUUUGUCUUCAUUAAACAGAACUCUAUCAUCUGUGCACAAUGUUAAUCACUGCAUGAAUCUUCUGCUGAGAAAUCGAUAAUCUGAAAAUUCAAAUUUUCAAACAUGUUUUAAGCAGCUGUGAAUCCAAAUAUAGAACUAGCAAUUGAAGGUGAACAUCACGUGACAACAAUGUACAGCUAAAAAUACACUUUUCCCAACAUCGUGGAAGUCACUGGUCAAAUAUAACUGCAUCACUUUUAUUACAGUCAGCUCACAUGAUCUAUUGAUUUCCGUCAUCAGUCCUAACAAGUAAUUUAAAAUCAUCUAUCAGUUGAUUUAUUCUAUUUUCAAAUCUAAAUCAGGUGUGUCAGAUGUCGCAAAUAGAUGUCAAUUUCUACUGAGAAGAUUUCUACAGAAAAGACAAUGAGAAAUGUGAACCAGUCAGUAGGAUUGACGAAAUUUCUAAAAACUAAGCAUUAAGUUGAGAAUAUUUGUUCUUUGAAAAAUAACAUGGAUCAAAGUAGAUUAUUGGAUUGCGUAAGUGAGAGUGGUGAUUCUGUAAAUGGCUUCAAUGAUCACUUGAAACGUGCCUCGAAGAAACAUGGAUUAGUACUGUUGAAACACAUCGAUAAACACGAGUCAAAUAUAACUCGUCCACAUUUGACCGCUCAGUCCCAUCAAAACCAAUCACAAAUUCCAGUCCUGUCUACAUCACAAAGACAACAUCCAAUGAAAGUGCCAGCGUCCUCUACCUCUUUCUCCGUCAAUCAUCGGUUAUUGAAUACAAAUCAACUUCAAUUGUCAACAUCAAUAUGUAGACCACGUAUCUCAUACUCAACAAGUUUCAAAGCUGUUCAUCUAAAUAGAAAUUCAUUAAUGAAACAGAGGAAUACUCCACAGAUUGCUUAUUUAUACAUGUCUACUAUGGAAGUUCGUUAUUCAGAUUUAUCUUCUACAUUCGGUUAUUACUUAAAAAUUGUCCGUAUCAUUGUGGUUAGACAUGGAAACGAACCAUUCACUUUCAUGCAACAUGUCAAAUUAUACAUGAUGAAUCAUUGUCCAUUGAAUUAUUUAACUAUUCGGCAAAUUGUUCCGGAAAACGAAAUCAAGUCACUGUUGGCACCAUCAUUUCAAAAUGAUGAUUGUCCGUCAAUAACCGCUGUGCAACCAUUCACCAAAGAAAUCCAAUCAAAUGUUCAUAGUCAAACCGAUCUAGACAAGCGUUGUUUGAAGAAGAAACACUCGAGCGUAGUAUCAAGAACACCAGCUGACUUAUCAGCCAGUGUCACAUGUUCAUCAGUGUCACCAUUGUUGUCAUCUCCCUCGUCCUCCUCCUCCUCAUCAUCAUCAUCAGCAUUAGUCUUGAUGGAUCCCAACCAUCAACAAUUAGCCACCGAAUCAUAUAUUGCAACGCCAACGGAUCAUUCAAUCGACAAUGGUGACAUCAUUUCGACAAUACUGGUUGGUGGAAAUGAUCUGUCAGAAUUGUUGAGUGCCGAAAUCACAAAAAUCCAAUCGGAUUCCAAUCUGACAAUUUCUACUCAAAAUGUAUCAGAAAGACGCGUUGUCCCAGUCAGAACAACUAUCAUCAGGGAUUUUGUGAAUUCUUCAAAUUGCAUUCCUGUCACUGAAGCUUCUUACAAAUCACAUAAAAUGAAAAUAAAAAAUGCACAAAACAUAUCCUACCAGAGAACUGAUCACCUAAAUGAUGAAGUAUUAAUCAAUUCACCAUUGAACACAAUGUCUACAACAUUGAACAAAAUUAUUUGUAAAGUCAACCACACCAAGAAACAUGAUGAUGAUGAUGAUGAUAACGGUGCGAAUCAUGUUGAUGGUGCAGGUAAUAAUGACGACAAGGACAAUUGUAAUAAUUCAUCACAUCAUAUAACUCAUUCAGAGAACAUUGAACUACCCAACGACUCUUAUAUUUGUAAAUUAUUUAUUCGUAGAAGAUUAUCACAGAAUUGUUUACUACUUUUACGUAAUAAUAAUAAUGAUAAUAACAAUAAUAAUGAUAAUAAUAAUCGUGAAAAUCCUUUGUAUCCUACUUAUAUCUUGCCUACAACACCAUUGUUUCCACCUCUUCCUUUUUCUAGUCCCGAUAAUCCUGAUUUUCACAAUCAGAACACAAGUUAUUUGUAUAAAACAAUAUCAUAUAUAUUUGAAUGUUUAAGUAAUCAAGGUCUCAUAAAAUUAUCAUCAUAUUUUUUCUUUUUUUGUACAGUAUUAUAUUUUAUUGAUUUUUUAACAAAAUGUUUAUUUUCUCCACCAGAUACUCAGAUAACUAUACAUAAUGAAGAUUGUAGACGACAACACACAUUGUCACAAAUAUUGUUUUAUACAUUACUGUCACUGAUCAAACGAAUUAUUGAAUGUGGCAGUGAAACAUUAUUAACAAGUUUUGAUUUAUUCUUUAGAAAUGCAUUUACUAUAACAUGGACAGACAAUGCAGCACCACCGUUUUGAAAAAAAAAACAAAUUUGUACAAAUUAUUCACUCAUCUUGAUGUAUGUAUGUAUCACAACCAUAGGUUGUCGAAUAAAUAAAAAAUAAUAGGUGAGGCAAAGCACUUUCCCUUGAUAGUUUAUGGGAUUGUACUGCUCACUUCUUUUCAUUCAUACAUAUAUAUGUAUGUACAAUGUAUUAUGUGUUAAUAAAAACACAUUGAAUGUAAA